CGAGGCGGAGCCGGCGCCCGCCCGGAGGAGCAGGAGGAGGAGGAGAGGUCGGAGUCGUCUCCAGGAGCCCAUAGAGACAGAGUCCCCGGCAGCGGCGGUGACGGCAGGGGCAGCGCACCGGCAGGCGAAUUCAUUCCAUCACCUAAAACCUGGUAACGUGGGCCACACAGAGUCUUACUGAUUCCAGAUCUUCAGAUUUCAGGUGAAACCGUAACUGAAGAUGUCCAGCAAGACAGCCAGCACCAACAACAUCGCCCAGGCAAGAAGGACUGUGCAGCAGCUGAGAAUGGAAGCCUCCAUCGAAAGAAUAAAGGUUUCAAAGGCAUCAGCGGACCUCAUGUCCUACUGUGAGGAGCAUGCAAGGAAUGACCCUCUGCUGAUGGGGAUACCAACUUCAGAAAACCCUUUCAAAGACAAAAAGACCUGCAUCAUCUUAUAGAGGAGUAGUGAAGUGGUUCCUCCCUUCUUUUCAACAAAGCAAAUGCUGAACAGCUCCUUGAAAAGAUUUACCUUCGGCUUAUUUGGUAACCACUGCUAAUAACUAAAAUGCUCUUAACUAACUUGGAAUCAUGGACUCUGAAGUCUUUGUUUUCCAAGUUGUCCUUUCUCUAAAAUGCCCUUUAAUGAAUUAAUACAGAAUAACAAUCUUGUUUUCCAUUUGUUGACUCUGGUGUCAUAUUGGGUUACUGCUGAAGGAAAGUUGGUCUGGCCUUUUAUAAAAACAAAUAUGUGAAUGAUCCAGUUAAGACCUAAAUUACCUAAGGACUCGUCUCAAUUAAAAUGCCAAGAAUAACUUGUCCUAAAGCCUUUCUAUCAUAGUAUGUUCUUAAUAGGGUUAUGCCAAUCUGUACAGUAUACGUGGGUGAGGAGUGUUUUGUGUAUAUAUAUGUGUGUUUGUAUAUACACAUCUCAAAGCUUAUUUCCCUAUUAAAACGUCUCUCUCUCCAGACCAUCAGUUCAACUCCAGAAGAAGUUGUUAUACCUUUAUCUUGAGCUGUGUGUGGGUAGAAUUAAAUUCUUUUCUUAUAGUUAUUGUACAAAAAGUAAAGAACACCCUAAAGACUGCAUUCAUUGUAAUUGAGUAAUGAAGUCAUCUCUCUCCUCUUGAGAUCUUGCUGACCUCUUAGGCUACAGUAAACUGUGCCAAUUAAAAUUUAAAAACUGAACUAAAAGCCCUUUUAUGAGUAUUAAUUCACCAAGGGCUUUCGGGCUUCAGUGAUCCUGCGUCUAGAAAAGGGGAGGAGGCCCUUGGGGAGUACCCUGGGCAGCUGUGCCCCGGGGCUCACGUUCUCUGGAGCACGGGUAGGCACCUCUGAAAUUUCCACUCUAACGAUGGGAGCAAGACAGCAGCCGUGAGCCGGGCCAAGAGAGGAGCAGGAAUGCGUGAAAAACAGCUGCUCUCCUUGGCCCAACUUUGUGAUUUAGCUCACUUUCUCUGCCUCCCCUCUAUCUUUCCUCUGCCGCCAGAACAUGUCCUCAGAGGCAAUGUUCACCUCCCAGCCCCAAGUGGGCAGAUCAUGAUGGGGAAGAAACAUACAUGCAAAAAGAACGUAAAGGUAUCAGACGCUUACUUACUUAAGCUCUUUUCAAAUAUCUGCAGCAGCAUCGUCAUCCCUAGCUUGUCCUCACACCAUCUGAGACAGGCUGGGAUCCAGUGGCUCGCUACCUGGGCCCACGGUUCCAGCAGCUGGGUGUUGGGCUCCUUGAUUUUCCUCUGGGCAUGAUGGUGCUGCCACAUAUCCUCAGAAUUUCCAGUGGGGAUGCCAAAAGAAGGCAUCUCCUAUGGCCAGAAGGCAUCUCCUACGUUAACUUUAUCUAAGAGGAAGAGAGGGUCUUUUUAAAUGCUUAUUUAUGGGCCCAAACCAUACACUAGACCUUUGAUAUUUUAAUUCAGCUUCAGUUCAUUAAAAACAACUACUAAUGAACGAUUUAAAAUAGUCUCAAAAAGGAUUCCUCCCCAAGAAGGAAUUACUUACAACGGUUUUCCCUAGUUCUGUACGCUCUUGCCCUGCAGUGCAAGCUCCUUUUAAAAUCUAAUGUCUGAGCUUUGAGUAUUAUGCUAAUUGUGGGUGAACAAAUGCAGUACUGUUUCCAAGCUUCUCAAAUAUAUUCCGUAUUUCUCCAAAUCACCUGCCUAUUCAGCAUUGUGAACGGGCCUCACUCUUCCAGGACCAUGUGGAAAUCACGCCACCGCUGUUACCCUCUUGUCUUCUAUGCUUAGUUCUGCAAAACGCCCAGUUUCCAAGUAAAUUAUAGGCACCUGUUGGAGAGAGAACAGUUUUUCCUUUCAAAAGGUGAUAUUUGAAAUGUACAUUAAUAAGACAACUUUACAUUUACAGCUUCACUUAAUGAGACAUUCUUUUUUUAUAAGUAUAUUUUUCUACUGAUAGUUUCAGAACACUAAUCUUAUUUUCACUCUGAUAUUUACCAUGUUUCUUUAAAUAUUUAUAAUGUAGCUUGUUACAAAAUAUUUUCAUGAAAUUACUUUUAUUAUACUGCUAUGUACACAUUUUUGGUAGCAAGCAUAGUUUAUCCUUUAGUACUAAAACAUGUUCUUUUACCUAACAGAAAACAAACAAAUAUGGUUUGCUAUAUAUUUGUUAACAUGCCUGUAGUGGUUAGGAAUGGACUUGAGGUCCCAGGAGAUUUCAUUUUUAUUUUUGCUGGCCAGAUAUCAUAAAGGCUAUGAGUAUGAAAAUCAUGUAACUUCCUAACCUAGUGUAGGGUAUGUUUAAGAAAAGUGAUAUCAAAUCCUUUGAUGCUGGACCCAAGGGGGGAGAAAAAUUGUAACUAAAUGUUGAUUUACUUAUAACUAGACAUCUAUGUGAGAAAAAUAUAAUAUAUGUAUACAUAUAUAUGAUAUGCAGAAGUCACUUUUAUUUAUCAGGCUUUAUUCUACUUGUAAAGCCACAGUUUAACUAUUCGGCAGCAACUGGUUUUUGAUAAUGACAGACAAAUGCCCAGUGUGUGUUAUUUUUUCCAACUACCACUAUAAUGACACACCUAAUCACUUACGUGCAUGCAACUUCUUGCCUGCAUACCUAUGAAGCUAUUUAAAUAUGUUCACUAUACUUUGUCUUUAAUGCUGCUUCUGUUAACAGUGAUCUCUCUUUCCAUUCUUAUAUCUUCAUUAGUGCAUCAUAAAUCUGUCCAAUUGAGGCCUCAGGACCAUGGCAAGAUAUGCUAGACAGAAUUUCAAGACUCCAAAGUACUUUACGGAAACACUUUUUUUUUAAAUAGAGAAACACUU